AGCAACAUGGCGGCGCGGUGGAGGGGGAAAGACGGGGAUUUAAAUGCCGGCAACAGCGACUUUCUGUGCAGCAACACUCCCGAUGAGUUCCCCCUCUGCAGAGGUGAUGUGGAAAUGGACCCACAGUCAUGUAUGGAUCACUCCAUCUUGGCCAUUUUUGAAGACUCUGCUGUCACAUCAGAGGAUAAGAGCAGAGUGGAGGAAGAGAAUGAGAGCCUGCUGUCGGCUCUGACUGAGAUGCUAGACAGUGUGGAGGAUGAUGACGGGACUCUGUCUCCCUUCGACACCUUGCCAGACACCAAGCUCCUCACCCACCAGGAGUGCAGAGACAAGUCAGCGGAAGUACACCUCGCUGACAGACUCAGACCAAGAUCCAAACCUCCAAAUUUGACAUUCACAAUGAAUACUGAUGGAGAAAAGGAAGAAGAGAGCAGAGUGGAGAAAAACAGUCCAUCACAGGUGCUCAAACAACAAAGCCAGACUUUGUUUCAGCCCAACAAUAGGAAAGUGGAGAAUGAAGUGGAGGUCUUCACCUCAACAUCUCUGGUCAACCUGGUGAAGCUCAUGCACCCCUACUGCCUAAAGCUGCAUGUGGAGGAGGGCGGGGGGAAGAGCUGGGAGAGAACAGCCCAGCCGUCAGCUUCCUCCUGGGACAAAGUAAAGAAAAAACACACAUUAUUCUCUCAGGGUGAAGUAUUGAAGUAUGAGAGGCCCACAGAAGACAGCGACGAAGAGAUUAACGUUGUAUCUGACGAUGAGGCACCUUCCAAAGAGACAAAGGAAAAUAGAGAUGAUGGCGCACUUCUGAAAAGCAUAUUGCUGAAUGGGAAUUCAUCCAGAACUCUGUCAUGCAGAGAGAAGAAGAGAGUGAGCUUCGGUCCCGUUGAAUUGGCUUCAUUUGAUGAAUCCAUGGGUAAGGAGUUGAAUGAGAAAGAUGAAGCAAAUGGAAGACCAGAUUCAGAAGCACUUGAGAAUCCAGCCGUCUCUGCACCCGAAGCCCAAACAGACCUGUCGUCAGAGAUCAACCGUAACAGUGAAGCUGAAGUUCUGCCAUCAAAAGUUGAGAUAAAGGCCAAAUCACUGAGCCUCCAACAGUACAGACAGCUGCGCCAAAAAAGACAGCCUGUGGUGGAGAAACGGGGGAACUACACCACCAAGUGGCCCUCUGUUUCUGAGCCCCCUAAAGAGCUGACCCCCAUCCUCUGUUUACACGGGCAAAGACAAAACGGCUGCAGACUAAAGACAGCACACCAUCACCCGGACUGUACCAGAGUCAGUACUGAUCCUCUCCAUAAACCUUCAUCCCAUCAUAAAGCUCCACCGUCCAGGCCUAACCCAGUAGAGGACAGGCCAUCCAGUCAUAUACAUCGUAGUGGAUCAAUCUGUCCAAAGACAGAAUCCAAAAUCAUCUCACCUGCUAGUCCACUGCCAGAUGUUGAGGCUAACGCAAAUGUAAACAUGCCCGAAAGCAAGAAAAGUCCAGUAAAGAAGCCAACGCUGCUCAGUAGUGAUCCCCCAAAUCCCGUCCUCCUCCCCGUGCCCGUUACCCAAACAGCAUCACCAACCACCGCUCACUCCUCAUCAGAAACCAAAGUGGAGCUCCUCAACAGAGACUCCAGCCUUGAGCCCACCCCACACCUGCAAGAAAUCCCAAUUGAAUCCACAACCCUGCCUUCUCAAACACAACCAUCCUCCUCAGAACCAAAGCCCAAAGUGUUGUCACCAAAGCAGGAUCGUAAUCUGGACAGCACCAGCCUGCUCCAGGAAAUUAAGAACAAGCUGAGUGAGAUAGUUUCAGAUAUCUCCGGUAGAUCCCCUGCACUGCGCAUCAACACAACACAAACAGAGUCUAAUUCUGAGCGCAAAGAGCUACAGCCUCAAAAAUAUAUCCUGAACCCAACACAAGACAUCAAGCUGGAACCAAAGAUUCUUCAGUCACCGUGUCAGGAUCCUGUGGGGCAGAUAACGUGCCCUUUUACCUCAACAUACUCCAGUCAGCCAACUACUUCCCUAAAUACUCCCAUACCAGUAAAGGAGACGUCACCUGAGGUUCCCUCUAGUAUUUCUCCUCCAGAGGCGUUACCAACCGAGCAGAGUGCAGUAGGGGAAUCAGGAAUUGAAGCCCCUGAUCUGACAAGCCUGCUGGAACAGUUUGAGGAAACAGAAGAUAAAGAGGAGGGAGAGUGCGAGAGCGAGCUGGAGCCCAAACUUAGCACUGCUUCACCUGCAAAUCUGCAAACACAAGAUCUGCAGAGAACUCAGCCAAGAAAAACAGAAAAGACCUUCAAACAACUACCACCUCCCCCUAUAGAACCACUUAAACCUUUAAGCACUUCAGACUCACCUGGGACUCUGAAAACUAUUAGGAAUCUGCCAGGUUUCCAAAUGUUAGAGCUUGCAGAUAUCCCAGAACCCCUCGGCACUGAAAUCAUUCUCAGCACUCAGCAAGCGCAGCCAUCAAGACGUAAAAACCCUCCACCCAAGGCUAUUCAGAUAAUCGACCCCCGUCCUCUACCAUCCAAGAAGACAAACACGAGUGCUGCAGAGUUCCCUGCUGCUAAUACCGCUGCUCACUUGUAUUCAUCUGUAUCCUCAGAUCAUGAUUACUGCGUGCCUGCGGACCAUUCACCUACAAGUGCUACUCAGCACAGCAGAGCUAAGCCCUCUUUACUCAAGGAUACUUCUAAUACCACUAAUGAAGUGCAGGUGACUACCCACGAGUCAAGUACAUCUGCUGAAUACAGAAAACAGUCCUCCAUCAGGGACGAUAACACCACAGUCAGAGUUGUUAAUAACCCUGCAACAUCUGGGAUGCAGCCGCUAGCAGAGUACCACCACACCAGAUCAGAGUCAAACCCGUCCACAGACAAAGCCCUUUCGUUUUCAGACAGUGCUGGGUCAGAGGAGGACUGCGGUGGUACAGGUGAGGACAAGACGGCUCCGUGCCCUCUGCCGACACCUCCACCCAGCCCUCCCAGCAGAGGACGAGAGAAAAGGAGAUAUCGGAGAAGAUCCCCUCGCUCCUCCUCCUCUUCUUCUUCCUCCAGCUCUGCGUCCCGCUCUCCAAAAAGGCCAAGGCUCCAUCACAAGCGCUCAGAGAGCAGUUCGUGGUCGUCGUCUUCGUCUCGCUCCGUCUCCCGCUCCCCACCUCGGAGGUACAGGUUGUCUCGCUCCAGGUCGUCUCGCUCCAGGUCAAGAUGCAGCAGGUCCAGAUCUCGAUCUUGGUCUCAAUCCAGGUCCCCAUCACGAUCACCAUCCCCGCAGUCCUGCCGUGCGCGGUGGAGAGACGUUUACAGCAGCAGAGAGUCCAGGCAGCUCAGGAGGGAGCACGAGAUGAGGAUCCAGAAACUUAAAGCCAUUGAUGAGCGUCGGGUGGUGUAUGUGGGCCGCAUCCGCAGGUCAAUGACACAUGAUGAACUGAGAGAACGCUUCUCUCAGUUCGGAGAUGUAGAAUGUGUGUCGCUUCACUUCAGAGACAGAGGCGACCACUAUGGCUUUGUCACUUUCUACAACAUGGAAGACGCUUUUGCAGCCAUCGAUAACGGCGGAAAACUGCGAAAGCCCGAUGAGCUGCCCUUCGAUAUCUGCUUCGGUGGAAGAAGACAGUUUUGCAAAUCAAAUUACGCAGAUCUCGAUGCAAACCGAGAUGCAGAGGCUUCUCCUGUCAGGAGCAAUUUCAAGGACCUGGACUUUGACUCAUUACUAAAACAAGCCCAGAACGGGAUAAAGAGGUAGCAAAGCCUCAUGGAAGGACAAGAAGACCAGGCUGGAUGUGGCAGUGAUGGAAAUGUUUAUUUCAUGAACCUCAGAGCUUUAUGCUCACACUUAUGUAGCAAACUUUUGUAUGUCUUUUUGUUAUGUUUUGGCUCUUAUGUGUUUGCAGUUUUUGAUGUGUACAGUUAACAUCUACAAAUACAAAUAUGUAGCACUCCUAAUUUGAAUUUAUUGUAUUAGUGGAACUCACUAAAGUUUUUUUUUGCAUUCCAUAACACUGAUUUAUUGUUGUUUUUCAAGUUUU